AUGCCCAUGCCGAUUUUUCCAAACGUGGCUGAGCGUGUGCUCGGUUUCUACAGAAGCGAUACUCCCAUCCUAGCCAAUCAAUCGACAGAAAUCGAUUCAUUUAUUGAGCGUAUCCGCCAGCUGUUCCUCAACGCACAGGGCAGCUCGUUCACUAUUUAUUCAGGUCACUGGGCCGACCAGGCAGGCAUGUUCCGAAAUUUGACAGCAGAUGAAGACAUCGCUCCACAAGGUGGCUUCAGCACUGGGAUUCAGUGGGUGCAUUUCAAAAAGUUUUAUACUUUUCUGCCAGAAAAUCUGGAAUCCCUAUUCAGCUACACGUACCCGAAACUCGCUAGCCUUUCUCCCAACACACUCUGUGGCUUUGACACCCGCGCUUUCGUUGAAGAUGGUGCUAAAAACCUGACGUCGCUUAUGCUGUAUCUUGCUGAACCCAUGGUCAAAUCGCCCCGAGGCCGUGAGCACCCUAGGCUCGCCUGUGUCUGUAUUCAGAGUCCUAAAUUCUCAGGAUGCGUCCAAUACUAG